CCAUCUGCUACAGCUCAGAGCCAACUUCUGUUUCUGCAGACACCGGUCACUCUUCUCCUUUGCACCCCCGAGAGACGACGCAAACACCGGGGAGCAAGGGCAUCCCAGCAAGGCAUCCCAAGAGCAGGGUGGGAGACAGGGCUUGCCCAGUGUUUGCCCACAUGGCCCAGAGCGUGGUUUAUGCUGACCUGAGGUUUGCCAAGGUGGUGGGGGGCCGGAGCGUGGCCAACCAGGCGCUGGAGGCAGCCCUUGGCAUGGAUGACACGGAGAGCCCCUACGAGAAUAUGCAGUCUGUGCCAGUGGGGCAGGAUGGGGGUGGGGCCCAGCCCAGCCCAGGUGAGGGACCAGCUGGAGCCCAGGGGAGCUGGGGAGGUCCCGGUGCAGAGGGCUGGUCCCGCUGGUGGUGUGUCCGUGUGGGGCUGCUGACAACCUUCCUGGUGCUGCUGGUGGCCACUGUGGCCCUGGGGGCUUGCUACUGGCAGGUGACCCGCAGGCUGCAGGACACCUCCCGGGAGCACACGGCCGAGCAGGGCCGCCUCUCUCAGGAGGUGAGUGCGCGGGAGCAGAGCCUGGAGCAGACGCGGCUGGAGCUGGCGUGGGCCAAAGCGGAGCUGCAGCAAGCGUGGCGGGAGGGCAACAGAAGCCAGCUGGAGCUGGAGAGCCUGAACGCUGAGCUGUGGAGCAUCAAGGGUGCCAUGGGGAAGAUGGAGAAGGAGAUAAAAGAGGUGCAGGGGAAGCUCAACAACAGUGAGAGCACAGUGGCCAUCCUACGCUCCUGCACGGCUAUAGAUUGCUGCCCUGCAGGCUGGCUGCUGUACAGGGGCAAGUGUCUCUUUGUUUCAUCGGAAAAGAAGACAUGGGAAGAUAGCAAAGAUGAGUGUGAGAAGAAAUAUUCCCAACUCCUGGUCACCAAAUCCUGGAGUCGCUGGACUGUGCCGGCCUUCUUGAAGAAUGCAGACAUCCCAUACUGGAUUGGGCUGCAGAAGAGCAGCUACCCCUGGUAUGACUAUGGCUGGCUGGAGGAAGGGGACCCAGAUGGCGAGGGGUUCUCAGAUGCCUGGUUUUGGGUGGACGGCUCUCGUUAUGAAAGGCUGUGGCAGUCCAAGUCAAAUGGGUCCUGUGCUAUAAUAAGCCGUGGGAACAUCAAACCUGCCCAGUGUGCUGGUCCCAAUGACCUGCACUUCUGGAUCUGCGAGAAGGCGGCGGGGCCAAGCUCCCCAUUCAUGGGAUGACAACUGCUGUCCCCAGCAUUGCCAUGCACCUGCACCCUGCAUCACCUCUGCUUCAGCCCGGCUACAUCUCUUCCCAGGAUGUCCCAUCCCUGCGAACAACCCACCUCCCUCUCACAGAUGGGCUGCCCAGGUCCUUCCCCGCAAUGCCCAGUGAUGCUUGGGUUUCAUGCAGGCUGGGGGAGGCAGUGGUGGUGUCUGUUUCCCCCCACCUGAUGUGCUUCAGCAGAGCAGUACAGGCCCCACAGCCCAGCCCCACACCUGCAGUGGGUACUCUGAAUCUUCCUGAGCACGGGGGCUAGAGCGCAAUGGGGAGCCCAGACCCAGCCACAGAGCAGAGCCGGCCCCGAUGCUCAGUGCUGCAGCCAUGUGACAUCCCCAGCACGGAGACAGCUGUGGUGCUGGCUGGCACGGAUGCAGAAACAGGGGACGGCACAGCCCCACACCCAGUCAGCCACGGCAGGGACUUUUUGCUUGGCCCCAUCCCAGGAGCAGCUUGGCCACAGCUUUCAGGCAACCCAGCAAGUGUGCCCAAGGAGGGAAGCUGCACCUGAACCAACCAGCACCCGUGCUGGCUGCUGGGCUUAUUUUUUGCUAAUUAGGAAUCAGGGCAUUGACCUUUAGCAUUGUGCGAUGUGAUGGUGCCUCUCAAAAGCAAAAGCAACUCUAUCACUUGCAGCAGACUGACGCUUUGUGAGAUAAGUCAUCAGGACUUUAAAUAUAGUUACUAAACACAUGCACAUGCAAAGAUUAAGCAAAAUAGCCCUGAUGUCACAUUGCAGCCAGGCAAGAGCAGAGGAAGUCAUGAUCAACCAGGCGAAGAUAUUCUUAUUUUAUGAUGGGGUUGUGUGGGCCAUGUUUAGAUGAUAUAUAGUUGGUUAAUUGCUAUGGGAAUUAGCUUGCUUGAAGAGAAAAAGGGUGCUAGAGGAAGGCUUUUUGGAGGUGGCAUGUGUCUCUUCUCUGUCUUGUCUGCUGGCUGAACCCACUUCGUAGCAAUAAAGAGACACAGCUUGUCUGCUUUUUGCUUUCUUGUGCACCGCCACAAACACGGACUGAAGGGCAUGAACCCAAAGAACCUCAAUAAUAAACUGGAAUUUGACUGAA